CCCAUUACAAUGAAAAGGAUUUCUAUAUUCUUCAUAAAAGAGCAAAAUAAAAGUAAAUCUUUUAUGAUAACCCAAAAUAUAUUUCGAGUCAUAACUGUCUUUUUAUUAUAACCUAUUUUUAAUCUAUGAGACACCACAACAGUCCAACACAACCCUAUCUUUUAUACGUUUUUGCUUAGGGUUUUUCCUUUAACUCUCUUAUUUUUUUAGUAGUUCGAUCUCUAUUUCAAAGAGACUCGCAUGAUCUGGUUUUUUAGUUCACGUUUAUAAAAUUAAGAGUUCUCAAACCUUUCCUUGAAUUUGUUUCCACUUUUGCUUGCUGAAUCUGAUCUUUGCAAACAAUAUGUCACGUAUACGAAAACGAUUGGCGUCGAUCUUUCCGACUUUUGGGGUCGGAAAUAUGAUCAGAUAUGCUUAUAAACUAGCAAGGGAAGCAAUAGUUUCUGAUAUUAGCAGGCUUGUGAAUCGUCCUCGCCAAGCCAAGGCUACCCUCAAAAGGACUUGCAGUAUCUGUUUAGAUGAUGAUAUUAAUGCUAAUCAGAUGUUUUCCAUUAAUAAAUGUCGUCAUCAAUUCUGUUACGAGUGUAUGAAACGACAUAUAGAGGUGAGGCUACUCGAGGGGAGUGUGAUUAGUUGUCCUCAUUACAGCUGCAAGUCUAAGCUGAGUUUUGGAAACUGUGUCAAUCUUUUGUCACCUAAACUAAGAAAGAUGUGGCAACAAAGGAUCAAAGAGGACUCUAUUCCUGUUAAACAGAGAAUUUAUUGUCCAAACCGGACGUGCUCCGCUCUAAUGUCGGUAAACGAGCUCUCUAAAUCUACUAAAGAAGCUGGAGUUAGGAGAUACUUUUCUAGAUCUACUAAAGAAGCUAGAGUUAGAAGAUACUGCUUGGAAUGCGGUCAAGUCUUUUGCAUCAACUGUAAAGUUAGAUGGCAUAGUAACUUGUCGUGCCACGAUUACAAGAGACUGGGUCCAAAUCCUACUGCUGAUGAUAUAAAGCUUAAAGUUUUAGCAAAUCAGAAAAGGUGGCGUCAAUGUGAAAAGUGCAAACACAUGAUCGAACUUUCGGAAGGAUGCAUCAAAGUAACCUGCAGGUAUAUCACCUCUAUUAAUAACAUUCAAACUUGGUUAUAUAUGUUUUAAUCAUUGCAUUUUUAUCGUAGAUGUGGACAUAAGUUUUGCUACGAAUGUGGAGCCAAGGCUGGAGGUUGCCGUCAUGCUCUUUUCCAUAUGUAUCUCCCAAUGCAACAACAGUCCCCGUUACCACCGAGGCCACCACUUUUGCCAUUACUGCAGAGGCCACCACUUUUGCCAUUACCGCCCAUGGCGCAUCCACCAGUGUGGCUUACCAUCUUGUGCUUUGUUCUCAUUUGUUACUUAUUUUAUAUUUUUUUGGCUUCAUAAAAUAGUAUGAUCGAUUUUGUGGGUAAGCCGGUAAGGGACUAAGGGAUUACUAGUUACAAGAAAAAUCAGAAUAUAAAACGAGAUCUUACGAUA